ACAUUUUUAUUUAAUUUAUUAGUAGGCUUUAUCUUGAGUGAUUUGGAAUCUAUUUUUCGUCUAAACUCGAGAUGGCUCUCCGUCUCUUCCCUGGUCGCUUGGGCUUUUGGGUGUUCACUUUCAAGAAAUCUUUCUUCUAUUCAGGCAGCUAGCAUAGGAAAGGCAACUCAUUACAAUCCAGUUUUUCAAUCUGACCUCUUCCCUGAUACCAGUGUCACUACUCUUAAAAAUAAUUUUAGGAUUGCAUCUGAAAAUUGGAAUACCCCUACUUGCACAGUUGGUGUUUGGGUAGAUGUGGGAAGCAAAUUUGAGACCGAUGCUAACAAUGGGGUGGCUCACUUCCUCGAGCAUAUGGCAUUCAAAGGAACCGAUAAAAGAAGUCAGCAAGGACUUGAACUUGAAGUUGAAAAUAAAGGUGCACAUUUGAAUGCCUAUACUUCUCGUGAAAUGACUGUAUAUUAUGCCAAAUGCUUUGUGAAAGACCUCCCAUGGGGUAAAACCGUUGAACUCCUUUCAGAUAUUUUAAAGCACAGCAAAUUUGAUCCGGCUCAAGUUAAUCGCGAGCGUGGAGUGAUCCUUAGAGAAAUGGAGGAAAUUGAUAGCAAUUACCAAGAGGUUGUAUUUGACUAUUUGCAUGGGACUGCUUACCAAGGCACUCCCCUUAGUCGUACAAUUUUGGGUCCUCCUGAUAAUGUCAAAAACAUGACACCAGAUAGCCUUAGAAAAUUCAUUAAAAGCCACUAUAAGGCCCCAAGAAUGGUAUUGGCCUCCGCGGGUGGUGUUGAUCACAAACAGCUUAGCGAUUUGGGGGAACAGUAUUUUGGAGAUAUCUCCAUGUCUUACGGUCCCGAUGAAGUCCCACCUGAUGAAACACACUGUCGUUUUACUGGAUCUGAACUUCGUGAAAGAGAUGAUGAAAUGCCACUCGUCCACGGCGCAAUUGCAUUUCAGGGCCCUGGCUGGGAAAAUCCAGAAACCUUGGAGCUUAUGGUUGCUAGCAGCUUGCAUGGCGCUUGGGAUCGCAGUUAUGGAGGUGGUUCCCACGUUGCCAGCAGUUUGGCUGCUGACUUUUUUAAGAGAGGCAACAUCCAUAGCUUCCAACACUUCUUCACUUGUUACCACCAGACGUCUUUAUGGUGA